AUGGCUAGAGAUGGUGGCGGCACUUCAAAUUUGAUAAAUCAUAUGGUGAAAUGUGUUGGAAGAGGGAAUGGAUCUUCAUAUCCGCCACUGGAUCAAGAAAAGUACAGGGAAAAGAUAUCUAAGGUAAUUGUCAAACACAAUUAUCCUUUUACUUUUGUUGAACAUGAAGGGAUAGUUGACUUCAAUAUUGGCACGCGACUUUUGAGCAUUCCAAUUACUACAGUUGCAUCAGAAUUAGCAUUUAGUAUAGGUGGACGUAUACUUGACAAGUAUCGAAGCGCACUUUCAUUUGAUAAUGUUAAAGCAUUGUUGUGUACACAUGAUUGGCUUUGUGGAACUCCAGCUGUAUUUGAUUUUGAUGGACCCGAUUUUGUUGAGGACCUUUCAACCUUCUUUUCCACAACAUGA